UGAUGGUUGGAAUGGGUCAAAAAGACAGUUAUGUUGGUGACGAAGCUCAAAGUAAACGUGGUAUUUUAACCUUGAAAUACCCGAUAGAACAUGGCAUUGUAACAAACUGGGAUGACAUGGAAAAAAUCUGGCACCAUACCUUCUACAAUGAGCUUCGCGUAGCCCCAGAAGAACACCCAGUCUUGCUCACGGAAGCUCCACUUAACCCUAAAGCUAACAGAGAAAAAAUGACUCAAAUCAUGUUUGAAACGUUUAACACCCCUGCCAUGUACGUAGCCAUUCAGGCUGUGUUAUCUCUGUAUGCGUCUGGACGUACUACAGGUAUAGUAUUGGAUAGCGGCGAUGGAGUAUCCCAUACUGUCCCCAUUUACGAAGGUUAUGCUCUUCCCCAUGCCAUUCUUCGAUUGGACUUGGCUGGCCGUGACCUUACAGACUACCUCAUGAAAAUCCUUACCGAACGUGGAUAUAGUUUCACCACUACUG